GUAGGAGAGCCAGAGAAUCCAUAUCCGUUAAAAAACCAAAGCCUCCAUCUCCAUGCACUAAAACCAAACACUUCACUCUUCUCUCUCUUCUGCGUCCGACAUUUAUCUCAAUCUCGCGCCAAUACAAGCAUGCCAAUUCAAGCUAUGCUCGCGUCCCUUUCUCCUCUGGCUCUGGGUGUAGCCUUCAGCAGCUCAACGGCUUCACAACCACAAAGAAGAAAGUUUCUUAAACUCACCUGCAAAUCCAACAGCAAUGAUAACGACCAAGAUUAUCUGAUAGAUGCUCCUGUUUCAGUUGGCGAUGGCUUUUCCUUCAGCGGAGGAAAAUAUUCAGACGGGCCGAGCCCAUCAGAUGAAUGGUUUAAGCAAGGGAAGAUAGUGAGAGCUCAUCGUGUUGGUGGUUCUGGUGAGAAGGCAAAGGAUCCCAUUUUUGGACUUAAAAUGGGAGCUGGUUCUCAGGCUGCAGUUGAUUUUUUCAGAUGGUUUUGCGUUGAAAGUGGAAGUGCUGAUAAUCCUUCAGUCAUAUUAAUUCAUGGUUUCCCUUCACAGGCUUACUCUUAUCGUAAAGUUCUUCCGACACUCUCUAAGAACUAUCAUGCCAUCGCUUUUGACUGGCUAGGUUUUGGAUUCUCAGAUAAGCCUCAACCAGGAUAUGGAUUUGACUACACUUUGGAUGAAUAUGUGUCUUCCUUGGAGUCUCUUAUAAAUGAACUUGCCCCCAACAAGGUCUCACUUGUUGUCCAGGGCUACUUUUCUCCAGUUGUGGCUAAAUAUGCAAUCAAUCAUCAGGAGAAGCUUAAUCACCUAAUACUACUCAAUCCUCCUCUAACAGCCAAACAUGCCAACCUUCCAUCAACCUUGUCCAUAUUCAGCAACUUUUUGCUAGGUGAAAUCUUUUCUCAGGAUCCUCUAAGGGCUAGUGAUAAAGCCUUGACAAGUUGUGGUCCUUAUAAAAUGAAGGAGGAUGAUGCAAUGGUUUAUAGAAGACCUUAUCUCACAUCUGGUUCGUCAGGUUUUGCAUUAAAUGCAAUUAGCAGGGCCAUGAGAAAACAGCUAAAGACCCAUGUGGAGGAUAUGCGGAAGAUACUCACGGAUGAAAAUUGGAAAGUGAAAACUACAGUUUUCUGGGGCCAAAGGGACCGCUGGUUGAGCUAUGAUGGAGUUGAAGAUUUCUGCAACAAUUCAGACCAUAAGCUUGUACAACUACCACUGGCAGGGCAUCAUGUACAAGAAGAUUGUGGUGAAGAACUUGGGCAACUCAUUUCUAAGGUUAUCAGUCAAAGGAGCCAAAUUUGAUGACACAUUCUUUGAAAUAAGUUAAGGAUUCAGUAUAUGUAUUCUUUGUAAGAUAAAGACUCCCAUUAAUGCCAUUAAAGAUGAGCACCCAUGUGUUAAUGAAUCAUUAAUAAUUGAAUUUGAAUAUGGGGUAUCAAUUAUAUA